AUGGAAGACAGCACCCUUCCCUGGAGCCUUGAUAAAGUUGAAUCUUUGAUCUCCUCACUCUACGAACCUGGUCAGCCCAAUGCCAUCACCGAGGCGCAGGCCCUGCUAGCCAAUUUCCAAUCCUCUCCUCAGGCCUGGAUUUUGGCCCAUGAGCUUCUAAGGCGACCGGAUGAGAAGGGAAAAUUCUUUGGAGCCCUCACCAUUAUUGUAAAACUUAACAGGGAAAGCUCGUCGCUCAGUGAGGAAAAUGCACAAGAACUAUUAGAGCACCUCAUUGGAUGGUAUCGAGAUUCUUUUGAGAAUUACACUGGUCCCUUGGUGCCACGCAAACUAUCAUCAGCCCUCGCAACUUUCUUCCUCCACUUCCAUCAACUGUGGCCGAGUUUUGUUCGCCACCUUAGCAUAUGCCUGGCCUCAUGGCAGUACUUUGACCCUCUUUCUCUACAAUCUUCCUUCGAUGUAGGUCGUGUCUUGGAUACGCUAGAUCUGAACAAACUAAAAGCCGUCUUAUGGGUCGUCACUAGUAUCGUGGAGGAUGUCAUCAGAAUUGACUGGAACACAGCAAAUGGGGUCCAUCUUUACAACUCCGUUGUUCGAGAAGCCACGGAUGCAGCAACUCUGUUAUUCAAAGGCUUGGCCGAGACCCAGAUGGCCGCUGUCAGUAACGACAGUAUCAAGUGUCUCCAGUCGUGGAUAUUCUUUGCUCAGAAAGCAUCCUCUCGCGACAGUCACGUUCUGGCCUUGUUGAGAAACCUGAUGCCUAGUGUCAUAGAGUCUCUUAUUUCUGAAAGCCGCUUCGGUGCUUCGGCUGAGCUACUCAUAGAUACUUUGUCUAAUUAUCCUGCUCUUCUAUCAGAGCACCAUUUUAACCUUUUGGUGAACCUCUUUGUUAGUUCUUGGGCGGAUGAACGUUACAGCAGGCUCCUCGAGGGCGACAUGGAAUUCGAAUCAGCCCAAUUUGGGCAGUUGCUCUUGGCAUUUGGCGAGGAAAAGUGCCAAUGGUUAAUGCAGUCUGAAGACCCCCGAAGCAAGGUCUUGCUUUCUAUGCUAUGUGGCUUACUGGGAUCCGAUGGCUAUCCGGUAGCUGAGAACAGAGUCUUCGUGCCAGCUAUCGAAUUUUGGUCCACCUUCACUGAAGUUAUGUCAGAUCUUGUCACUUUGGAUGAUAUCUCUACUACUCCCUGGGCGGAGUCGGCAUUAUUGCAGGUUCUGGAAGUGGUUUCAGUCGCAUGCCGUAAAAUCACCUACCCCCCGGCAGAAGAAUUCAGCCAGUGGGACUCUUCCGAUCGAGUAGGUUUCUCAGACGCUCGAAAGGACUUUAUUGACCUGUUACAAUCAGCAUACAGUCUAUCAGGCUUUCAGCUGGUAGCCACUUUUUCCAAUCUUGUACUCACUGCAUUAAACGACUGUGCGUGGUUACAGCUAGAGACAGCUGCUUUCUGUCUUGCUGGUCUUGCGGAUUGUAGCAAAGACGAUGUUCGCCUAGACGAGGCACUUGGAUCAGUCUUUGAAUCUUCUCUGUUCUCACAUCUCUCAUCCCCGAACACCGAUAUCACCUUACGGACGCGGCAGACGUGCCUCUAUCUCAUAGAACAAUAUACGGAAUACUUCGAACGAAAUGUUUCUUCCCUUGCUCCCGCAUUAAGGCUCUUAUUCAGUCUGUUGGGAAAUCCGUCUAUGGCGGCACCGGCAUCGAGAUCAAUUCUUCGACUAUGCUCCUCUUGUCGGCAUCACCUUCACGCAGAGACAAACGGGUUCCUCGAUGAAUAUCAGACCUUAGCUGAGCAACAGAGACUCGAUUGCAUAUCCUCUGAAAGAGUCCUCGCCGCCAUUGCAUCUAUUGCACAAGCCAUUCCCGACGCUCCUCGGAGAUACAACGCAUGCACAAGGCUAAUAGAAUUUAUUCAAAACGAUAGUGCUCGCGCAAGGGAGCUAGCUCAGCUUCCUUUAGGUACCAAGCUGCCCUGUUUUGGUCAGCGAUGCAUGGAAAAUUCUGCCGACGACUCGCCCGGACUACAUAUCGCGUUAAAGACUCUGCGUUGUUUAGUUGGUAUCGGGAGAGGUCUCCAAACUCCCGUAGAGUCAACCAUUGACCUUGACGCAAGCAACCCGUCGGAAGCUGAGUAUGAUGACCAGUUGGAAAGGCUUCACAUACAGGUUGUCCGAAUCAUCAUGGACAUUGAAGAUACUUUUGGUAGAAAUAGUGAGGUCAACGAGCUCGUUUGUGCCGUCCUCCGUUGUGGCUUCUCAGAAAGUGAACCAGGACCGUUCGUGCUUGGGUUUCAAGAUGUCACCAGCUACUUGACCCGUCAUGUUGGAAAUAUUCCCAGGCCAGGGAUAUUUGUUUCCACUGCUUGCUCGUUUGUCAGCUCUCUCUAUGCACAGGGAAAUCCCAAUAAAGGGACGGUAUAUACAACAUUACUACUGUGGGUAAUACGGUUGCUUCAACAAUCGUCUGACCCAGAGCAUGAUCCAGAAUUAUCUCAAAAUAGUAUCGAUUUUGCUUGCCGGCUGCUGAGCAAAAGCCCAACAACCCUGCUCACACUGCAACCAACAACUGCCGCUGAAUAUUUUUUCCUCUUCACCAUACAGGUUUUGGAUGGUAGUGAACCCCUACCAAAGGCGGCAGCAGCAGAGUUCUGGGCAACGUUUAUAACACUGAAAGGUGGUCAUCCAGAAGCAUCGGAUGCUGCAGAGCAAGCGAUGGGGACUCUAGGUCCUCUCCUUGCUCGAAGCCUGGCUAGAAAUAUCGGAGGCCGAGCCUCAAGAAGCGAGCUGGAUAGGCUUAGCGAACCCAUAAAGAGACUAGUCAAUUGUUACCCUCUGGCAAAAGAGUGGCUACAAAGUGCGCUCGGUCACAUGUCAUUUCCAAGUUCCAAGGUGACAGAGGAACAGAAGGCAUUAUUCGUCAAGAAGGUAGUAAGUCUCAGGGGCUCUCGAGCUACUAACCAAGUUGUGCGUGAUUUUUGGUUGUCCGCUCGAGGUAGUAGCUUCGCAUACGCUUCUUAA